CGGAGCGGCGGGGCCGGCGCUCCCCGCCGGGGCUCCCCAUGUGGCUGCAGCAGCGCCUCAAGGGGCUGCCGGGGCUGCUGUCCAGCAGCUGGGCGCGGCGCCUGCUGCUGCUGGUGGUGGUGCUGCUGGUCGCCUACUGGUACCUGCUGGCGGGGCGGGCGCGGGGCGCGGGGCGCGGGGCCGAGCCGAGCGGGGCGGCCGCGCUGUGCCUGCAGGCGGCCGCGGGCGCCUGGCGGGCGCAGACCCAGCGCGGGGAUGCGCUGCCGCUGCCGAGGACGCGGCGGGGGGGUGAGGGCACCGCGGGGCCGGCGCUGGCGGGCAACGGGUGGGUGCUGCUGGAUGUGACCGCGGGGCGGCUCUGGGUGAGGCCGGCGGGGGCCCCGGCGGGCCCCGCGCUCGCCACCGAGUACCCUGCGCUGGUGCGGCUGCGGGCGCUGGGCGGGCGCGGCGAGGCGCGGGCGGCGCUGGCGGCGCUGCGGGACGGGGCGGUGCGGGCGGUGCGGUGCGUUCACACCGGGCCCGGCGCGGGGCCCGGGGACUGCGUGACGGUGCGGGAGGACGUGGUGGCCCACCGGGGCCGCCCGCACCUCUACCUGCAGCGCCUCCGCAUCGCCAACCCCACGGACAGAGUGGUCGCCUUUGAGGCCUCCUCGCCCCCGGCGCCCGGCGGGCGGUUCUCCAGCAGCCUGGAGAAGGCGGGGGAGCGGCAGUUCGUGCUCUCCUCGGGCCGCCUGGCGCUGCCCGGCGGCAACAAGGCGGUGCUGGUGGUGGUGGCGGCCCAGAAGCUCGUGAGCCGCCUGCAGGUCGCGCCCAAGUCGCACUUCGACGAGACGGUGCUGUCCGUGGUGCACACCUCGGAGCCCACCGAGCCCGCCCGGCUGGAGGAGACCUUCGGCAGGCUGAGGGAGGCGGCCAGGAAAGAGAUGCUGGAGGUGAUGCAGAUGGGGGUGGAAGAUCUUUUCCAGGAGCACCAGCAGACCUGGUCUGACCUGUUCAUUUCAGGGAUUGAAAUGAGGAAGAUCACGGAUGCUCACACCCCAUCCAGUGAGACUGUCAACAUGACCCUGUACUACGUGCUGUCCACCAUGCCAGCCCCCCUGCUGGACCCCCUGAUCAGUGCUGAGGACAGGGAGAGGAUGGAGGGCAGCCUGAACUAUGCUGACCACUGCUUCAGCGGCCACGCCACCAUGCACGCCCAGAACCUGUGGCCAGCCAGGCUCACCAGUGUCCCCCAGAUCCUGCAGCUCUCAGACCUGUGGAAGCUGACCCUCCAGAAACGGGGCUGCAAGGGCCUGGUGGCAGCUGGAGUGCACGGGCUCAUGCAGGGGAUGGUGCUGAGCUUUGGGGGGCUGCAGUUCACGGAGAACCAUCUCCAGUUCCAGGCUGACCCUGAUGUGCUUCACAACAGCUACUCCUUACGUGGGAUCCAUUACAACAAGGACUUGAUCAACCUGGCUGUGCUGCUGGAUGCCGAAGGGAAGCCCUUCCUGCACGUGUCAGUGAAGCUGCAGGAGAAGCCAGUGAGGCUCUAUGCCUGUGAGGCAGGCUGCAUGAACGAGCCCGUGGAGCUCACCUCGGAGGCACGGGGUCACACCUUCCCCGUCAUGGUCACCCAGCCCAUCACACCCCUGCUUUAUAUAUCCACAGACCUGGUCCACCUGCAGGACCUGAGACACACACUCCACCUAAAAGCUAUCCUGGCUCAUGAGGAGCACAUGGCCAAGCAAUACCCGGGCUUGCCCUUCCUGUUCUGGUUCAGUGUGGCCUCCUUAAUCACUUUGUUUCACUUGUUUCUGUUCAAACUCAUCUACAACGAAUAUUGUGGGCCUGGAGCCAAGCCACUCUUCAGGAGUAAGGUGACUGUCCCUGACUCUGCUCACUGAACUGCCCAGAAGCGCCACAGCCACAGCCCAGGGCUGAACCAACCCCCGGCCUGGACACUGCAGAGCCCUGAGCGACAGCAAACUCUGCUGCCUCGUCUUGAGUGGAGCUGCUGAACAGGAAGGUGAUGCAGAACUUGAUUCCAGAACCAGGGCAGAAGUGGGAGCCAGCUGAAGCUCAGAAUGGGAACAUCCCCGUGUCCAAGUGAACUUAGUCCUGCUUUCAGCCUCUGUUUGCACAAGACAUCUGACAAUUUUGCAGCUGAGAACAAGGACCUUUUGAAAGCAACAAUCUUUUUGUGCCUUGCUAUGACAGGAAUCUGAGACUUGGAAGGUGUGGUGAUUGAAGAGUUUAUGCCAGAAGUUCAUGUAACAGAUGUUUCCUUUUCCUUGUAAGCUGUUCAGUUCCCUAAGAGUAAUCCAUUUGGUGAACAUACUUGAAGAUAUACUAAGUUCUUUGAUAUUUUGAUUUGGUUUUUUUGGUGGGUUUUUUUUUUUUAAUUCUACAGGAGAAUAAAGAAUGAUGAUUCCUUCAGAGAGUUAACUAGAAACCUUAGUGUAACUUCCUUUCUGGUAUACAUUUUUUAAUUUAUUGCUUGGGGGGUGGGGGAGGAUGUUGAUAAUUUUGCCUCCACUUCAGUAACAGUCAAUUGGUCUGUAGAUAUCUAAGUGCUGGUAACAGGUUUUUCAGCCUUUAUGACUGUAGAGUGCAAAAUCAAUUUGCUGAAAUUGUUUUCUGGAUUUACACUUGGAAAUGCUGAUCUUCAGGUUUCCUACUCUAAGCCUACUGAGACUUUAUGCAUUGAUUUGUUUCGGCUAUGGGGAGGGGAAGACAUCCCACUUUCUAGUGAUUUAAAGGUUGUUUGGUUUUAAAAUACCAAAGCUGUUGUUUCUAAAUAAAUAUCUUUCAGUCUAAUCUGA